AUGGCGUCCGAUGAAGACAUCUCGUUGGACUCCUACUUCCUGAGCGCCCCCAACAGUCCACAGUGGCUGCACAUGGACUCCCCCGUCACCUUCUACAGCGUCCCCCCGAGCCCUUCCCACAGGCUGAACCCCCGCUCGGCCUCCGGCUCUAGCCCCAACUCCGACCGCGAUCACGAGUUCGAGUUCAACACCGUCCUCGACGACGGCUUCAUUACGGAAAGCAAUUUCGGGUCCCCGGUUCACUGGCCGAUCAGCUACAACCAGGGGCACCGCGGGUGCGAGUCACUCUCCGCAAUGGCCUUCGCCGAUGAGCUCUUCUGCGACGGAAAGGUCAUGCCACUAAAGCCUCCGCCUGGUUCCCUCCGCUCCGCCGACGGCAGCCCCAGCCCCUGCUUCGGGGCUUCUCCCCCAAGGUCCCCGAGGAGCCCCUUCUUCCGGAGGAGCCUCUGGAAUGACGACUUCGACCCAUUCAUGGCGGCACUGGAGAACGUUAAGGAGGAGGAGGGAGGGAAUAAGCAGCAACGGCGGGCUCGGUCCCUGUCGCCGUUUCGGACCGGCGGCGAUUCAAUGGGCCGGAGCGAGCCGGGGAGCCCAGAACUCCCGGUCGAUCAGGCCCCUUCACCGUACUCGGUAUGGGAGCCCAAUAAGAAGAGAGAAGGCCCAGUAGGGCCCAAACCUCAAGCCCAUGGAAAAUUAGCUGGGCCCAGGGGGUUGAGGAUCAUGAGGUUUCUGAUGAAGAGCAAGUCCAUGAGCACCGAAGAAGAAGCCAACGGUUUGAAGAAGAAGACCAAUUUGCUCAGAAGGCUAAGCUUCAAUCGCAAUAACAACAAUAACAAGUUGUCGACGACCGCAACUUCCUCCCGCGCGGUGGCGAAGGUGACGGCUCUGCAGUACAAGCCCAGGUUGUUCCUCUGCGUGGGCUACGGUAUGAGGAGCUUCCGGUACGUCAAAUAA